AUGGAGGCCUAUUUUCCCUGGCAGAAUAUAGACAAAGAACUGGAAAUGGAAAAUGAUAAAGGUGGAGCCCUGGAAGAACUGGAAAUGAGGCCAGACAAACAAGCAGAAACACAUGAAGGUGAUCCUAAUGAGAAUGCACUAUUACGGGUUCUGACCAACCAGGUGACUCUCCUGGUCCCAGAGUUCUUGGACCCAGGACACACUCAGGAGAAGGCCUUUGCCCAUGACAUCAGCUACAUACAACACAAGCCUGCAGAAGAGUCCAAAGUCCCACAGCCUGCGGACGUAUUCCUUCCUGAGCAGGGCAGUGACAUCUCCAGUUCCCCAGCAAGAACUAUGCAGCCCAAGGAAGGUGACAACCCCAAAUUCUCAACAAAAAACAUCCCACCCAAGCAAGGGGACACCCCCAGGUCCACAGGAAAAACCAUCCUGUUUAAAGAGGGUAACACCCUUAAUUCCUCGACAAAAACCAUCCCUCCCAAGCAGGGUGAUAUUGCCAAUUCCUCAGCAAAAACCAUCCCAUUCAAGCAGGGUGACAUCCUGAAGUUUUCAGCAAAAACUACCCUACCAAAGCAGGGUGACACCCCCAUUUCCUCAGAAAAAACCAUCCUGCCUAAGCAGGGUGACACCCCCAUGCUCUCAGCAAAAACCUUUUUGCCCAAGCAAAGUAAUGCCUCCAAAUCCUCAGAGGAAAAAACCAUCCCACCCAAGCAGGGUGACACCCCCAAUUCCUCAAAAAAAACCAUCCUGCCCAAGCAGGAUGACACCCCAAAGCUCUCAGCAAAAACCGUUUCAUCCAAGGAGGGCAACACCCUCAAGUCUUCAGAGAAAAAUAUUUCACCUAAGCAGGAUGACAUCCCCAAGCUCUCAGCAAAAACCAUUUUGCCCAAGGAGGGCAAUACCCCCAAGUGUCCAGAAAAAAACAUUUUACCCAAGGAAUGUGAUACCCACAAAUCCUCAGAAGAAACCAUCCAGCCCAAGGAGGGCAACACCCCCAAGUCCUCAGAAAAAGCCAUUUCACCCAAGAAAGAUGAUACCCCCAAAUCCUCAGAAGAAACAGUCCAGCCCAAGGAGGGAGACACUAUCAAGACCUCAGAAAAAAACACCCAACUCAAGGAGGGUGAAACCCCUAAGUCCUCAGAAGAAACCAUCCAGCCCAUAGAAGGCAACAUCCCAGCAGAAACAAUGGAGCUCUCAGAGGUCAAUAUGGUGAAAGUGAUCCUGAGCAAAGAGGACUUCGAGUUGGCACUCAAGGAGGCUGGGGAGAGGCUGGUGGCUGUAGACUUCUCAGCCACAUGGUGUGGGCCUUGCAGGACCAUCCAGCCCCUUUUCUGUUCCCUGUCUGUGAAGCACAAAGAUGUACUGUUCCUGGAAGUGGACAUUGAUGUGUGUGAGGAGCUGGUGAAAGACCUUGAGAUCAUUUGUAUCCCAACCUUUCAGUUUUAUAAAAAAGAAGAAAAGGUGGGUGAAAUUUGUGGUGUCCUUAAGGAAAAACUUGAAACAAUCAUUGCAGAAUUAAAGUAA